AUAUAAAGCUUUACAGGUAAUCCAAAUCACAUUGAUGAAUUUUAACUCCAGUAAAAUCAAACCGUCUCGAUAACUAAAUAGUUUAUAAUGGAAGACAAAUCUUCUAUAGACAGAAUAACUGAGGCUCUGUCCCUACUCAAAUCCGAUCUGAUGGAAAUGAGGAGCCAAGAUGUCAAACUGAUGCGACAACUAAUCUCUAUCAACACCACAAUAGGUAGGAUCACCAACAAGGGGCCCCGGGUCGCAGGCGCCGUCACCAGGAGUGCAAGCUUCGGCUCCAUGAAGCGCCCUACCCUAGACCGGAUGCAGGGCAAGAAAACGACGGACAUCGUUUGUAACCUGAAGAACCCACUGGUCAGACACAGGAGCGCCCCACUGGUGGUGGAACUCCGCAGGAGCGAGGCCUUCGACCACAGCUUUGAUGAAUCUGAGGAGGAGUUAGCAGGUUCCCCCUUUGAGUCUGAGAGUGACCUGGAAUCUCUGGGUGGGUCAACUUCCUCACUGUCCCCGGAAACCCCUAGAAAGUGCCCCCUAUCCUACAUGAGGCCCCUCCCCGAGGAGGAGGACGUGGACGAGAAGAAGUACUACGGGAUUCUGAUGAAGAACAUUAAGUUAUGGAAGUACUCCCAGGAAUCGGUCAGUAGCUCGUGUGGCUCUGACAGUUCAUGAUAUUACUUAGAGGGGAGAAUGGGAAACUGAAUGCUUCUUGUGAAGGGACUAAUUGAAAUCCUGUGCCGCAAAUUAAACAUCUCCUCCACAACGCAAAAUGUUUAUAAUGAAGUUAUUAACAUGAUUUUGUUCUAAACGAAAUCUAUAUCGGAGGACUGGUUUGUUUACCGGGGAAAUAAUUUCAUAAAAUAUCCUUCAUACUUGUUAUUAGGAUAUUGUUCCAUCUAAAUAUAUACCGGAGAACUACUUGAUUUUUACGGAGGAAAUUAUGUGAUAGAAUAUGAUUUUUUUUACAAAUAUCACUGCCAUUUCAUAGUCAUGUAAAGCAGUCCGUGUAGUGAGGAAAUUGUCUCUCUGGUUUUUUUUUAGUUACACUAAUUAACACCAGGUUGUAAUUUGCCAGAUGACAUAAAUUAGCAUUUAGAGUGGGAUGUGACGUGAAUCCUGUCCAUCUAUUGAGAGAAGAAACAUUUGCAUUGAAUUUGAAAGUCCGUGUGUCAUAAUUGUGCGUCAGUUGAAUUUGUGUUUAAAUGGCGGUGCUCCUUUUUUUAUAUUAUAUUUAUUCAUUUUAUGUACUGUUUUACAAUUGUUGAUGUUUAUACAACUUGUUAUGAAGAAAAAUAAAUCUCUUUAAAUCUUCAAA